GAUGCUGAUAUGGUGGAUAAGAAUAAGUGCUGUACACUCUGUAACAUGUCCUUUACCUCUGCGGUGGUGGCCGACUCACAUUACCAGGGCAAAAUCCAUGCCAAAAGGUUAAAACUGUUGCUAGGAGAGAAAACGCCAUUAAAGACCACAGCAACUGGGCUACAGUCACUGAAGCCCUCCCGGGUAGACACUGCUCCUGUGGUUGCAUCUCCCUAUCAAAGAAGAGACUCAGACAGAUACUGUGGACUCUGCGCAGCCUGGUUUAAUAAUCCUCUGAUGGCCCAGCAACAUUAUGAUGGCAAGAAACACAAAAAGAAUGCAGCAAGAGUUGCUUUGCUCGAACAACUUGGGACUACCCUGGAUAUGGGGGAACUGAGAG